AUUUUAUAAGAUACAAGCUUCCAUGAAACUUCCCAGUGAGUUUUUUUCUCUCAAUUUUUUAAAUGAUUCAAAUGCUCCAUGAAACUUCUGCAGGCCUACAAGAGGAAGUCAAGAAUUAUAACGGUUGAUUAUAUAUAGGAGCUGUAUGUUCGUACAAAUUUAUAACUGUCAAAAACCUUGGGAAGAUUCAUAGCAAGUGAUUUUGUUCUUGUCCUUUCCUUUUUGGAGUUUUUAAAAUGACCGGCACGCUUCCCGGUGUUGAAUGUGCUCGAAGAAGACGGAUUCAUUAUACAGUUGGGGGGGCAGAUUCACCCAGUGCCUCUGGUUCUGGGUUUACAAGGCGCUCGUCUUUUUGCUUGUAUACAAGCAGCCAUGAAUCCCAGCUCAUCACCUCUUCUUCUUCUUCCAUGGUACCAUUUCAAACCACUCUGUCUCUCUCUCUCACUCUCUAUACAUACAUGUAUGUGCGUUAAUACAUGUUUAUAUAUGUCUGUGUAUGAGACUUGGACUAUAUUUUGUGGGGUGUGAUGCUAAUCUGUUUGGGUCUUAAAAACAGCAAAGAAGCAUGGUGAAUCAGGAAUAUGAGAAUGAGAACCUAGGUAAAGUGGCAAGAGAAGCCAAAGAGAGGUUAGAUGAGAGGCUAAGAGCACAGCGGAAAUCAGAAACCAAAAGGUGCCAAGAAAGAUUAAGGAUCAUGGGGGGCAGGAAUAGCCCUAGCAACCAAGAAAGAUUGAGGGGUAAGGAAAUAGAGAACAGGACUAAGACUAGCACCACCCAAGAAAAAUUGAAGGGUAUAGAUGGCAGAUCUAUGGUGCUUAGGGAUUUGCAGACAGAGGUGUUUGGGUUGAAGAAAAGUGGGUUAAAGAGGUUAAGUUGGGCAAAGUUAGGAGGGAAAGGCCUGGAGCCAGAGGAGUGUGCCGUGUGCUUGGACCAGUUCAAGGUGGGUGAGACCCUGGUGCACCUGCCUUGCGCUCAUAGGUUCCAUUCAAGGUGUUUGGAGCCAUGGCUGGAGAAUAAUGCGCAUUGCCCUUGUUGCAGAAUGGAGCUUUUGAGUUAAAAGUUUUGUAACUUUUUUUGGUUUUUCUUCAAUCUGUAGGUGUGAAAGGAAAAUAUCAAAUUGAUUUAAAAAUUUAAUUUGAUGAAUCACUAUCAUUAAAUAAGUAGUGUGUCUCAAUUAAUACUGAGACUCAUAAGUUAAAUCAAUAACAAAUAUAACAGUUAUAUCAUCAAGUCAAAUUUUUAAAUUAAUUUUUUAAGCCUGUAUAAAUUGUAAAGAGAGAUGAAUAAUAGAACGA